AUGACAAUUCCGAAGAUGAAAAUCGACACGGAUUUCAAACUCAAAGAAGCGCUGAUAGCAAUGGGAGUAGAUGAGGAGGAAACAACCGCGGCAGCUGCCACAUACUUCGGUGUAGUACCAAUGUCGAUGAUUGUAGCUGAACCGGUGAAAUUCCGAGCAGAUCAUCCGUUUUUGUUCAUCCUUACCAAGGAUAACAAUCCUUUGUUCAUGGGUCAAUUUGCUUGA